AUGUCGCAGGGGGCCGAAUCCGGAGAGUACGGUGGAUGCGGCAGCAAUUCGUACCGUAAUUCGAUCAAUUUGGCUGUGGCGACUGCGGAGGAAACAGUAUUUACAAUGGAACAAGAAGCUGAAAUAGUUUCAUAUUUGACUGCAAUGGAGGCAAAGCUCUUUGGCAUGACAAUUUUCGAUCUUCGAGAAAUUGCUUUCCAACUAGCGGAGAAAAAUAACAUUGACCAUCCUUUCAAGGAGACGGCAGCUGGUUUAGAUUGGGCUUAUGGAUUCAUGAAAAGAAACCCGUCACUGAGUUUAAGAACUCCUGAAGCGACAUCGGCCGCGCGUGCCAUGGGGUUUAAUAAAGUCGUCGUUGCCAAUUUUUUUAAGCUACUAGAGGAGACUAUAACGAACAAUGAAAUCACCCCAGAUCGCAUUUAUAAUUGCGACGAAACGGGAUUUACAGUAAAUCCUAAAGCCCAAUCCAAGAUUAUUGCAAAGAAAGGCCGUCGUCAAGUCGGUGCAAUAACGUCUGCUGAAAGAGGGCAGACGGUAACUGCUGAAAUUUGCUUUUCAGCAGCUGGUGUUUUUGUUCCUCCAAUGUUGAUAUUUCCAAGAGUUAGAAUGCAGAACGAAUUUGAGAUUGGUCUCCCUCCAUCAGCAUUUGCAGUUUCUCAUGAAAGCGGGUGGAUGACCAAAGAAUUUCGCAAAGUGCUUCUUCUGUUUGAUGGUCACUCCACUCACACAAAGAACCUGGAAUUAAUUGAUUUAGCACGAGAAAAUGGAGUCAUACUUUUGUGCUUUCCACCACAUUGCUCACACAAGCUUCAGCCUGGAGAUGUUUCUUUUAUGAAGCCGUUAAUGACAUACUACGCUGAUGAAACUCGAAAAUUUUUACGCACUAAUCCUGGAAAAGUCGUAACUAUUCGCCAAAUUGCUCCCCUUUUCGGUGCAGCAUUUAUUCGAGCUGCAACUACGUCUACGGCUUUGAAUGGAUUUAAAAAAAUCGGCAUUUGGCCCCUAGAUCUGAAUAUUUUUACCGACAUUGACUUUAUGCCUUCGACAACCACGGACAUUGAAAUCUUGGAAUCUUCAACGUCCAAUAAUGAUGAAGAAUUACCAACACCCGUACCUGGCUCAUCGACAAGCUCGUCAUUUGGCGAAAAAACCCUACAAGAGAUUAUGCCAAUUCCGAAAGUGCAAGCACAGUCAGCUCCAAGAGCGUCCCGAAAAAGAGGUGCCACAGCAAUCCUGACGUUAUCUCCAUAUAGACAGUCUCUUCAGGAAACUGAAGACUCAAAAAAAGCGAAACAAGAGAAGAAACUGCAAAGAGAAUCUAAAUUGAAGCAUCAGGCAAAAGAAAAACGCCGCAAAUCCUCGCGCAAGCUAUAG